AUGGGGGAUGAGAGGGUCGAUGCCAUGGAGAUUGAUGGGCAGCAGCGGCAAGAAGUCGCGGCCGCUGUGCCGGACGGCUUCAACGCCGACUACCUCCGAAUCUACUACGGAAAGCUCUUCCCAUAUGUUGAUUUCUUCAAGUGGCUUGCAUACGGAAAUGAUGCAAAGCAUCCUGGAUGUGACCAGUCAUACAUUGGGCGUCGGGAGCUUUCGUUUACACUGGAGAAUGACAUCUAUCUGCGGUUUCAGUCCUUUGAUAGUGCAGCUGAACUAGAGACUUCUAUCAAGGAGAAGUGCCCUUUCAAGAUUGAUAUUGGACCUGUCUACAGCAUAGAUCCUGCAAAGCGACAUGCCUAUGCCCAGUCUGGUAAUAAUGUCUUUGUACCAGUGGAAAGGGAACUUAUUUUUGAUAUAGAUAUAUCUGAUUAUGAUGAUGUUCGCUACUGCUGCUCUGGAGCUGACACCUGUCUGGACUGCUGGCCUUUAAUGACAAUUGUCAUCAAAAUCCUGGAUACUUCACUUAGAGGUGAUUUUGGUUUCAAUCACAUAUUGUGGGUAUAUAGUGGUCGCCGUGGUGUCCAUUGCUGGGUUUGUGAUAGUAGAGCAAGAAAGCUAAGCAAUGAACAAAGGUCUGCAAUUGCUGACUACUUCCGUGUCUAUAAGGGUGGCGAGAAUUCACUGAAGAAAGUUUCGUUGACUGGGCCUGUCCUUCACCCUUUCCUUGCACGGUCAUACACCGAUGUUCUGAAAUGCUUCUUUGAAGACAAGCUGUUACAUAGCCAACAACUAUUUGCAUCCGAGGAGAGGUGCCAGAAGAUACUUGAACUUAUUCCAGACGAAAAUGUUGCUAGUGAGCUCCAUGAUAAAUGGCAAGGAAAUAGACGAUCCUCCAUCUCAAAAGAAGAUGUGAAUGCAACAAGAUGGGAGCAGUUAAAGACGACCUUGCAGUCAGGAAAGCACAAGACGCAGGGGCUUCGUAGAUGUGUAGAAGAGAUUGUCUUCUCGUACACGUAUCCUAGACUUGACAUGGAGGUGUCAAAGCACAUGAAUCAUUUACUGAAGGCCCCCUUUUGCAUACACCCAAAGACAGGGCGUGUUUGUGUUCCAAUCGAUCCCAACAAUUGUGAAGAUUUUGAUCCUACGGCUGUUCCAACUUUAUCACAGCUGUUAGGAGAGCUCAAUGCGGCUGGUAUGCAGAUUGAUUCUGAGAACGAUUUGGAGAGAACAUCCCUUGAAAAGUACAUCAGAUUUUUCAGAACGUCCUUUCUUCAACCAAUGCUGAAAGCUUGCAAGGAGGAACUGGAAGCCGCUUAUAGUGCAAAGCUCCAACAGUCCAAGAAUACCUUGAGCUGGUAA